GCACUGAGGGGGGCGGGACUGAGAGCUCUGACAGGAAACACGAAAGAAAGGCGAGGAUAUCUAAUAAUACGAUGGCUGCGAUCAGAAAGAAGCUGGUGAUCGUCGGCGACGGCGCCUGCGGCAAGACGUGUCUGCUCAUCGUGUUCAGCAAGGAUCAGUUCCCCGAGGUCUACGUGCCCACGGUGUUCGAGAACUACGUGGCCGAUAUCGAGGUGGACGGGAAACAGGUGGAGCUGGCUCUGUGGGACACGGCGGGCCAGGAGGACUACGACCGCCUGAGGCCUCUGUCCUACCCCGACACGGACGUCAUCCUCAUGUGCUUCUCCAUCGACAGCCCCGACAGUUUGGAGAACAUUCCGGAGAAGUGGACCCCCGAGGUGAAGCACUUCUGCCCCAACGUGCCGAUUAUCCUGGUGGGGAACAAGAAGGACCUGCGCAACGACGAGCACACGCGCCGCGAGCUCGCCAAGAUGAAGCAGGAGCCGGUGAAGGCGGACGAGGCGCGGGACAUGACCAACCGGAUCAACGCCUUCGGCUACCUGGAGUGCUCGGCCAAGACGAAGGACGGCGUGCGGGAGGUGUUCGAGAUGGCCACCAGGGCGGCGCUGCAGGCCAAGAAGCGAGGCAAGAAGAGCGUCUGCGCCCUGCUAUAGAGGGUUAUUUAUGGGGGGGGGGCAGUGAUGGAGGAGGGGAGGGACUAACACACCAGGCCAAAAAAAAAGAGAAAGAAUUAACGCACAUCCCUUCUUUAUUUUUAUUUCUAAUUUGACUUGUUCUAAACGUAUAUUUCAUUUCAUAUUCGAGUAAGAAACCUCCCUGAUUUCUGGUCUGCUCCUUUUUUUUAAUUUUGCAAACUCCACAUCUUCUCCACGGCUUCAUGAAUUCAUAAUAAUUUCCACUUGGCGAAUGUUUCAGCUCCAGUGACUUUGCCGUUUCCCCCUUUUUUUAUUAUUGUUGUUUCAUAUUUUCCAUUGAUAACCUUCCGGCAUGUCAUAGGAUGUCCUCGACUUACCGAGAGGCUUUUAAUUUGAAAAAACAUUCACAGGAAGUGCAGAGUUUCCGAGGCGAUAACUUAAAAGCAAUACGAAAAGAAAACUGCGCCAUGGAAGAAGCUGUUUCUGUUGUGCCUGCGUGGAUCCAUCCAUCUGAGCACGUGACGCAGUAACUCCACCCCUCAGUGUUUUAACUCGGCUGUUAUUGGUCGUCCAGCUGUUAUUGGACACGCCCAUUAUUUAAAUAGCAGCUUGUAUUUGGAAGGUUCUGGUCUGUCAGGGUGUUUCCACUCUGCUAUUCAUUUGUUUUCUUUCCUGUUUUGUUAUUUUAACUAUGUGAUAUUCUACUGGCUUAUGUUGUAUUAUUUGCACACAGCUUAAAACAAAAACAAAACGUCAGUGUGGUGUAUUACACACGCUGAAAGAAAAUAUUCAAAAAGUCAAUAAAGUGUAAGUGACUCCUAAAGGAUUGGUUAUUGGAAUAUUGUUUAGUAUACAAAACGUAUUCUCACAUUACGCCAGUCGUCUUUUUUGUUUUUUAUGUAUUCUAAAGGAAAUAAACUGUAACUUGAGAAUUG